UCACUGAAUUAAUCUGAAUUACAAAAUUAAUAAACAAAUAAAAUAAAAAAAAAAACACUUAAAAUUGAUACAGUUUAAAUUACCAGUCAGUUAGUCCUUUUAAUUAAAUAUUUUGCAGGUCAUUUGCAAAUGUGCUAAGUCCUUAUAAAAGUAUGAUGCUGUGCUCAAAGGUCCAGUUUUUGCUGGUUUAUCUGGUUCGAUCUGGAUAUUAGCUGGUCCAAUGUGGUCAUUAGCUGAUGAACCAACCAUAGUGUCCAAAAACCAACUCAUUCAAGACGCUCUAGAAACCAGCUAUUCAAAAAACACAGCUUAAACUGGACUUUCCAGGACCUAGCAUUAUACAAAAAUAGGCCUAUUAUUGCACAUAAACAUUAUUGCACAUUUUCCCAGUCAUUUUCAUUAGUGUAUCCAUUCUGAUACUUUAAAAUCAUUCAAUUCCCUUAUUCACAGAUCUUUUCAAGAUAAAAAUCCUUGCUAUAUAGACAGCAGAAAUCAAUAUUUGUAUAUUAUCAUUAUAUUUAUUAUAGAUAGCUAGUGAAACAUCCAGUCUGAAUGUAAAACAUGGUAAUUUCUUGUGAAGUGUCACAGGUGCUUUAACUUAAAAAAAAAUCCAAGGGACUUCUUUUGUCAAAAGAUUAUACAGAAGAAGAAAGAAAAGAAGGCAAAUCUGAGUCACUUGUCGUUUUAUUAGAAUGAUAUAAUUGUCAGUGAAUUUGAAAACAGUUUUUAUUCAACACAAUAUUAUGCACCUUUUUUUGGCUUUUAUCCAACAAUCCUUUAAAAAUAGCAAAACAUAGUUUGCCACAACUGUUCUCUUUGAAACUCCAGGUCUACCACACUGCCCUGACAUGUCAUAAGAGCAGGUGUUCAUUUACACAACUCAAUGGCAUCCAUUGUGAAAAUGAAUAUAGCAUUGAAUAAGCCAGAUCAGGGGAAAACAUGGAUUGACCAAAUCUGUAUCUGCAGACUGUAGUUUGGUUCCCAGAAUGGGUCUAAGGCUCAUAAAGCUCUGUCUGGUCGUUUGUUCCCUCUAGGCUUUGGGACUUAAGAAUAAAAAGGGUCUUUUGACUGCAUACGAUUGAAUAGACACAUGAAAACAACAAAGCAAGGAGACACAAAUGUGACAACUUAUUGCGCUCUAAUAGAAAACAAUGUGGAAAAACAUAUGGAAUAAGGUGUUCAUGGUCCUGAUGGUGUGGAAUCUGUUUGUGCCCAUUGACACAAAGUACUCAAGUAGAGAAGGAAAGUCUCGGAGACGAAAACUGGAAUCACAUCCUCGCCGGAGCGCCUCGUCUGUCAGAAUUUCCCCGGAUCCAAUGAUGACAGGUCCAGAAUCAGGCGUGAUGCCCGGUGCUGUUGAAACAGACUUUGAUAAGAGUAUCGAGGACAUGGUGUCCCAGGUCAGAAACAAUCCCAACCUAUCCAUAAGCAAAUGUGUGGUGGAUCGCAAACUGUGGAUGUCCAACAGCCGCAGCCUCUCUCCCUGGUCCUACAGAAUCAAUCACGAUGAGACCCGUAAGCCCGUGGACAUCCCAGAGGCCGUGUGUUCGUGCGUGGGAUGCAUCAAUCCUUUCACCAUGCAGGAGGAUCGCUCCAUGACCAGCGCUCUCAUCUACACCAAGAUCCCCGUGCGCAGACUCCUCUGCCACCGGCCAACGAAGAAGCCGACGAAGAAGAAGAAAUGCGUUCCCCGGUACAGAUCGGUGGUGGAGAGCAUCGCCGUGGGGUGCACGUGCAUCGUGGGGUAGAUGAGUGGGACCAGCACAUUUCAACCUGUUUUAUACUGCUAAUGAAUCCGGAUCCGAAUUGUGCAUGCUUUUCUAUGUAUGAAAUAGUGAAGAAUACAUUGAGUAAGCUCAAUAUAACGCAACGGUAUGUUGGCGCCUUUUCUAUUUUGAAAAGGUUUUUUAUUAUUUUUUUUUAUUUAAGAUUUUGAACAUUUAAUGUCGUUAAGUAUUGCGUUGUGACAUCUCAAGCUAAAUUAAGAAUUAAAAUUGUAGCUAUUUUGGGCACCAUAAUGCGUUUUAAAUACACUAUCAAAAAGGGUGGCAGUUUAUUUAGCCGAUUACUAUAUGUUAUGGAACUGUAAAGUGUGUCUUUAUGAAAUAAAGUGAAUUUAAUGCUGAUAUUUCUACAAAUAGACAAUUUUCAAUUCAAUUGUUCAAAUGGCUACAAAUUCAGUAUCAUUAUUGUUUGUGUAAGUUCGCCCCCUACUGUCCAAAAUAUAAGAUGACGAGAUAGGCUAGAAGGAGGAGACACUUGUAUGAUGUCAUUAUGAUGUUUAUGUUUGUUUUGCUUUACUCUCGUUUUACAGUUUUUCUCAGUCGCUUUGGUACAUUUCUCAGAUCAGAAUUGAAAUUCUCAAAACUACCUGUUCAAUUCUCACAUCAUUGUGUCACUUGUGCACAUCAAAAAAGCAGUUUCUCAUUUCUUUGAACAAGUUGCAAAUGCUUUGGUACAUCCAUGCAAAUGAUUAUGUACAAUUCUCUGUUGUUUCCUACAUUAUCAGUUGCUUAUGUCAUGUUGAUCAAAAUGUAUUAUAUUGGGUCUCUGUUGAAUAGUCUCACCCCCCACAACAUUUAGGCACAAGCUCAUAGCAUAAGUUUUUACAUGCAAAAUGGUUGAACACGUUAUCAUAAUAUGUCAAGCAUAUUUCUAUACUUUCUAUAUUUCCAUUAGACUUUUUUCUAAAUCUGUCCUGAAUUGGUAAAUUGCUCCCAGGUGAAUCUUGACUUUCUCUAACGACAUGAUUCAAUGACUCAAUGACAUGUUCUGUCAAUAAAAUACAGUACAAACAGUAAGAGAGUAAAUUUGAAUCUUUUCCAUUCUCUUGCAAUUACACUCACACAUACACUAAGAUGUAACUUAUAAUUGACAAUAAUUGUCAUCAAAACUUUAGCCAUAGUUUCCAUCAGAACAUCCCUCCAGAGUAAACUGUUAUAUUGAGAACAUGACUAAACAAUUUGACUGUCUUAUCCGUACACAAUGACACAAGGACUUGUCAUUCUGAUGGCACUGACAUGUUCAUUGACACAGAUAUUUACUUUUGAGAGAUGAACUAAGGAUUUUGAGUAAGAGAGUGGCUUUUGCAGGUUAUCCAUGGUGUUUUGCUAUUUGUACAAAUUGUUUUGAGAAAUGCACUUACUGUUUUGCAAAUUGUGAGUUUGAUUCGAGAAAUGUACCAAAGCGACUGAGAAAAACUGUAAUAGGGUGUCACACAACUUUAAAGUAGUUUAUAUAAAUUGCUUAUCUACUCUUUUUUUUUCUUCACUUUUUUAAUGGUCAUAUUUCUUAUUACAGCAAUGACA